GCAGACGAGGUCAGGACGGUGUUCAUCAGCGGCUUCCCCGAGGACGUGAGGGAGCGUGAGCUGAACAACAUGCUGCGCUUCCUGCCCGGCUACGAGGCCUCCCAGAUGCACUUCCGCAACGGCCAGGCGCAGGGCUUUGCGCUGUUUGCUAGCGGCAGCCUGGCGCGCGCCGCCGUGGACGCCAUCCAGAACCUGGUGUUCGACAACGACUGCGUGCUGCGCGCCGAGAUGGCGCACAAAAACAUGUGCGCACGGCGCCGCGGCGCGGCCUGCCGCGGUCCGGGGGCUGCGCCGCACGAUCGUGCCGCUGCUGACUAUUUGCAGACACAUCGCAGCCGCCCCAGCAGCUACGAGGCUCAGCCGCCGCCCAGCUACGGCGGCUACCAGCCCGCGGCGGCGCCCGCGCCCGCGCCCUUUGCCCACGCCGGCUACGGCGGGCUGGCGGCGGCGCCGGCGGCGGUGGUGGCGGUGCAGCCGGUGCAGCCGCGCGGCUACGCCCCCAUCUCCAACACCAAGGACAACCCGCCCUGCAACACGCUCUUCAUCGGCAACCUGGGCGACAGCGUGAGCGAGGCGGAGAUGCGCGGCCUGUUCGGGCACCAGCCCGGUUUCCAGCAGCUGAAGCUGGUGCGGGGCCAGAAGGGCAUGUCGUGCUUCAUCGAGUACGCCGACAUCCCCACAGCCAUGGCGGUGCACGACGCGCAGCAGGGCGCCAUCCUCUCCUCCUCUGACCGCGGCGGCAUCCGCAUACAGUACAGCAAGAACCCGUUUGGGCGCAAGCGCGACGCGGCGGGCGCGUUUGUGGAGGCUCCCGCCGGCGUGGUGGGCGCGGCGCAGGCCGCCGCGCAGGCGGCAGUGGCGGGCACGCAGCUGGGGGCGGGGGGAGCGGGCGCGGCCACGCUGCCGCAGCCGAAGGCCGACCCCGGCGCCGGCUUUGCAGAUGGCGGUGCAGCAGCGUACAACGGUAUGUGGCCGGGCAGGUGCCUGGCAGUCGCGGUGCACCUGGUGUGUGUCGCUUGGGUGCAAUGCAGGAGCUCGCUUCCCCUGCCGCGCGGCGUGGUGCACAACCAGCUCUGCUGCUGGGUGACCUUGCAUGCAGGCGGCGGGCAGCUCCAAGCGGCAGCCCAGACGGCGCCGCCAGGCAGCUAG